UAUAGCCUUAAAACAGUAUGGUGUGGAAUUAUUAUGUCAAAUUUACCUCCCUUGAACAAACUCCCGCGAAAUUUGACAUAUAUCGAACUCAAAAUGAGUAAAUCUAAGGAUUUAAAUGCGUCAGCUGCUGUACUGGACUACCUAAACAAACAGAAUCGACCCUACAGUGCCAUAGAUAUUUGUAACAAUCUGCAUAAGGAAUUCGGGAAAACUGCUAUAGUUAAGGCGUGUGAAAGUCUUGCUGAGUCUGGUCAGAUUAAAGAAAAGGCUUAUGGCAAACAGAAAGUCUAUGUGGCUGACCAGUCACAGUUCCCUGAGGUGGAUGAUGCUGAAGUCAAGACAAUGGACAGCAAGAUAGUGGAGCUCACUGGAAAACUGCAGUCCACCUUGGAGGAAGUGAGACAACUAGAAUCAGAUCUAAAAAUGUUCAGUAGCUGCUUGUCAACUGAAGAGGCCAAGAUACAGCUACAAGAGACAACAGCCCAGUGUGCCCACUACAAAAAGAAGCUGGCACAUCUAAAGGAUGGUGGAAAUGUGGUCUCACCAGAGGAGAAAGACAAGGUGUAUAAAAAUAGGGAAACAUAUGUUAAGGCAUGGAAGAAAAGGAAACGCAUGACAAACGACAUCUUGAAUGCCAUAUUGGAGGGCUACCCAAAACCCAAGAAGCAGUUGUAUGAGGACAUUGGAAUAGAGACCGAUGAAGAUUGCAGCGUUAAACCUCCUGACAUCUAGACUAACACAAUUUUUUAGAAUAUAUUAUUUAUUUGUUUCAGUUAACAAUAUGUUACAUUUUGCUUUGCGUAAAAUACCAUUUUGUGAGUUAAUUUUAACUAGUAAAAAGGAUUUUAUUGUUAUGGAAUGCUGUUGAUAUAAAAUACAGUUUUCGUUUAUCUGUGUAAAUGUAUGAAAGUGUACUUUUAUUUAAAUAUUAAAAUUGUUAUUGUGAUAUUAUUGUGUACAUAUGAUCAUGUCAAGCUAUAAUAAAUUGUGCUAAAAAAACUUACUGAAAUCAUUAUAGCUCCCGUGAACUUCACCUGUGUACAUGAAGUAUGGUUACUACACGUAUUGAAUUGAGUGUUCAACAUGCAGUCCAACAGAAAGCCUGUAAAGACUCGUGUGUCCAAGUUGACGGGAAAAGGAAUUUAAACAUCACGCAUGCCUUAUUCAUGGAAAAAUGAAGUUAUUGUGUGUGUUUUAUUUUCCAGUCUUGUCAUAAAACAAUUGCACGCAUUAACAUUGACAAAUAAAUAGGUUAAUAAAAAAGUUUUUUUCAAUGAACGUUUACCUAUACGUGAUCAAAAACGUUGGAGGUGUUAUAGUUAUUUUCUAUCUCGAAUUAAAUAUACAAUAUAUGUUUUAUA